AUGAAGCGAUUCAUUUGGAAGGACCGCGAUGGACAGGGUCUUCACCUCGUCAAUUGGCAAACUGUGGCCACGCCUCGCCGCUCGGGAGGCCUUGGCCUUCGUCAAACACGGCAAAUGAAUAUAGCUAUGCUUGGGAAAAAAGUUAGCGAAUACAUUGAAGGCGCUUCGUCGCUCUGGGUUGAGGUUUUGUCUGACCGAUUUAGCAAGGGAUACGAGGGGAUUAAAAGGUCUAAGAUCCAGUCUUCUUCUGUCUGGACAGCAAUGAGGCGGUGCUUUUCCAUCAUUGAGACUGGGUUCACUUACAGAAUGGGUAAUGGGGAGACCAAUUUAUGGGAAGGAAUUCAUUUUCAAAGCAAACCCAUCAAAUGCCUGGUGGACUACGUGCAUAUUGCUGACUCUAACAAAUCUUGUCGUCAGAUGAUCGUUAACGGGAGGUUUGAUAUUCAGUCGUUGCACACAAUCUUCCCACCCCAUAUUUCUAAGGCGCUGAAGGAUGCCCAGAAUAUUUAUCUUCAUCCAUCAGUGCCAGACAAAUGGUGCUGGUUUGUCGGUAGUAAAGGGAAAUAUUCAGUUGCGUCUUGCUAUGAGUGGUUGCUUAAUCAGGGUACUAACACGAAGACGUCGUGGAAAAAGAUUUGGAGGCCUGACGUGCCAGAAAAAAUUAAUUUCUUCUGUUGGCUUCUUGGGCAACGUUCGCUUCCUACUAAGGAUCUUCGUCACCGGCGACAUCUAGAAACAACGGGUGCUUGCACGAUUUGCGGGGAUGGAACGGAGACCUGGGUACACAUGUUCUUCGAGUGCCCGUGGACUACGCAGGUUUGGGCCAGGUUAGUUCGUUGUGGUUUUCCCUAUUGGCUAGCCCACACGAUUCCCCGUGAUAGCCAUGGUCUGGAUUUCAUCGUUAAUGCGCCGGUGGGUAUGCGAUUUGCACUUUGGUUUAUAUGGCUGGAACGUAAUAACAGGGUGUUCGGGAAUCCUCCUAAUUCUCCCUUUGCUGUAGUUAAGGAAAUUCUUUCAUUUUUCCAAUGGUGGAAGGAUGCACGGUUGCGGGCAGAUAGGCUCAUGGAUGGGGUUAGCCAUGACAUUAUGCCGAAAACAGUAACAUGGAAUCCCUUUUAUUGUACGGGUAUGAUCUUGCAUACGGACGGUUCGUCCAUGGGUAAUCUGGGUCCUUUCGGCUUUGGAGCUGUCUUGCGCACUCAUGAGGGGGUGUGGAUUGAGGGCAUUUCAGGGAACAUUGGCAUUGCAGACAAUACGUUGGCCGAGGUGAUUGCCAUUCUCGAAGGGCUAACUUUAGCAGUGGCUCGGGGGUGUACAACUCUUACCUGCUACUCGGACUCGCAAGAGGCCCUCAGGUUGAUUAACACGACAACAGUCCCUAAUCAUGUUGUGGGGGGGCUGAUCAUGAACAUCAGGGACAAGAUUAGCUCGAUCACAAAUUUACAGUUUUUCCACAUUUGGAGGGAGGGAAAUUCCGUUGCAGAUCGCUUGGCAAGGAGAGGAUCCAAGGAGGAAGCUUUCUUCACUACUUGGGCUUUUCCCCCAGACGAUCUUCUCACUCCGUUGGCUAAGGACGCAACUAUGUUUCCUUACCCGCGCUUAUAA